UCUCUGAUGGGCUUAUUGGCAUGUGUGUAGGAUUUUUAUUGUUUUUAAUAUGGUUUAUCUGUAUUGUAUUUAGCUUAAGAAUAAAUGCGCCUGCUGAGAAAGAGCUGUGUGGUAACAUAACUGUGGCAAUUACACUGUUUACCGUCUCUGAAGAGGAAGCAAACAGGCCAGCUUAGGCAGUCUGUCUUGCGGGGCCAGGGAGGAGCUUUGCAGCCGAUCUGUGACUUGUUACCUUCACUUUCGAUAUUAAUCAGAACAAUGUCUCUGCUCAGUAUAUAAGCAGGAGAUCUGUGUGUGUGUGUCUGUGUGCCAAGAUAUCACAGCUGGAGACUGGCCCAUCUGUUCUACUUCAAUAAAGCUCAGAAGAACUGAAGUGCUUCGGGACUAACGGCAGACUGAGCAGUGCACUGGAGUUGCCAUGGCUGGGUUAGAUGCUAAAGAGCUUCCCAAGAUACUUGAAGAGGAUGUGGAAGCACUGAAGGCUGCUCUUGGGACAGGAAACCUCAUCGAAGCAGCUGUUAAAGCGAAAGAGACUCUGGAUAUGGCUGAUGAAAUCACUCUGGACAUCGCUGUCACGGGGGAGGCGGGCUCUGGAAAAUCAUCCUUUGUCAACGCCAUCCGGGGUCUGGGGGAUAGAGAUGAAGGUGCUGCUGCGACAGGGGUCAUUGAAACGACAAAGGAGCCCACUGCUUACCCACAUCCUACAUACCCAAAUGUAAGAGUCUGGGAUCUGCCAGGGAUCGAUACCCCAACAUUUAAACCAGACACGUACCUCAAGCAGGUGAAGUUCAGCCGCUACGACUUUUUCAUCAUCAUCUCCAGCCCCCGCUUCAAAUACCACGACAUUAGCCUCACCCAGGAGAUCCAGAGACAGGGGAAGAAAUUUUACUUUGUGCGCUCCAAGGUGGACCAGGAUUUGGCAAAUGAGAAACAUCUGUAUGACGAGGGACUUCGGCCUUGAUGAAAAGUCUCUCGCUGCACUCGCUAGACACAAUAACAAGCCCAUUGCAGAGCUGAAGGCCGUUAUACAGUCCCCACUGAGUGAGGCAAUAACACAAGAUCUUGUAAUAAAGAUACUGACCAAGUGCGCAGCUGGGGCCGUUCAAU